GGAGAGUCAUUGGGGGAAAAGGGAAACGGGGACAGGGCCCUUGCUCGGCCUCCAUGCUCGGCCUCCAUGCUCGGCCUCCAUGCUCGAAUCUGCACCAUCCCCCGGCCGGAGAGAUCCAGGGAUACCACCCUCGAAAAGGUCUCGGCAAAGGCCUCCACAUGCUGGGUGCGCUGCCAUGGAGUAGUAUUGCGAAUGCGACGCAGCUAGAGAUCCGUGCUGUGCGCUCCGUAAAUUGCGACUGAACCCUCCUCGGGCUCGACGUUUAAAGGGAGACGGAUGUCCUUGCCCUGAUCCUUUGGGAUUUGUUUUCCCCAGCCGUCCGUUCAGGUUCUGGUCCUGAACUCAUCCAUUCUCUCGCCCAGACGCGCUUUGCUGUGCGCCUGGCUUUGGUCUUGUGUGGACAGACGGCAGCACCCAUCACACUCUUGCUUCCCCGUUACAGCAAUCAUGUCUGACAGCAAAGAGCAAGUAUCCGGCCAUGUCGAGGCCCCAGGCGGCUCGAUAAAGUCCGACUCGGAGAACGGAUCCGAGUUUACGUGGACGGAGGAGGAGGAGACCCGGAUCAGGCACAAGAUCGACUGGCACUGCGUCCCCAUCGUGACGGUCCUAUACCUCCUCUGCUUCCUCGACCGCAUCAACAUCGGCAACGCCCGGAUCCAGGGCCUGGCCAAGGACCUCGACCUCAACGUGGGCGUGCGCUUCAACUGGUGCCUGUCCAUCUUCUACAUCGUCUACCUGCUCGUCGAGGUGCCCAGCAACAUCAUCCUCAAGCGCGUCGGCCCGCGCUUCUACCUGCCCUUCCUCGUCGUCGGCUUCGGCUUCGUCUCGCUCUGCACCGCCUUCGUGCAGUCCUUCGAGGGCCUCAUGGUCGCCCGCGCCGUCCUCGGCAUCUUCGAGGGCGGCGCCAUGCCCGGCAUGGCCUUCUUCCUCAGCUGCUUCUACAAGCGCUCCGAGCUCCUGUUCCGCAUCGGCAUCUACGUCUCGGCCGCGUCCAUGGCCGGCGCCUUUGGCGGCCUCCUCGCCGCCGGCCUGGCCCGGGUCCCCGAGUGGGGCAUCGCCGCCAUGCGCAUCCACACCUGGCGCAACAUCUUCUUCUUCGAAGGGCUCUUCACCUGCAUCCUCGGGCUCCUCGCCCCGAUCUGGAUGCCCACCAGCCCCGGCGACGCCUACUUCCUCAACGACCGCGAGCGCCGCAUCGCCGCCGAGCGCCUCUCGCGCGAGAUGAAGGGCAAGCCCGAGGAGCACGUCACCUGGGCCGACUUCAAGAAGGCCAUCUUCUGCCUGCACAACUACACGUGCGCCUUUGGCUUCUUCCUCAUCAACAUCACCGUCCAGGGCCUGUCCGUCUUCAUGCCCACCAUCCUGUCCCUGGGUCUCGGCUACGACUCGACAAAGUCGCAGCUCAUGAGCGUGCCGCCCUACGUCGCCGCCUGCGUCGUCGCCAUCCUCAUCGCCUACCUGAGCGACAAGACCAAGCAGCGCGGCAUCUACCUGGCCAUCUUUGCCAUCAUCGCCCUCAUCGGCUUCUCGAUCCUGCGCUUCCACACCGACCCCAACAUCAAGUACAUGGCCAUCUUUUUCAUCACUGUCGGCGCCUUCCCCGGAGGCCCGGCGUUUCUGGCCUGGGCCAUCAACAACUCUGCAGGCCCUGCCGUCCGCGCCGUUUCCAGCGGUUACGUCGUUACCCUCGGCACCAUUGGCGGCAUCGUCUCCACAUGGACAUAUGUCGGAUCCGACGGGCCGAACUUCCCGACCGGCCACACCAUCAACCUCGUCGGCCAGAUCCUCGUCUUCUGCCUCUCCAUCUUCGGCAUCCUCUACUGCCUCUGGGAGAACAAGCUGCGCGCCGCGGGCAAGCGGGACCACAGGCUCGAGGGCCUCACCGAGGAGGAGCAGGACAAGCUCGGCUUCAAGCACCCCAGCUUCCGCUACAUCACUUAGGUGUCCCGUCGGGCCUUUCUUUUCGUCAAACGUUGGCACCCGCUUUAUGGUUUCUCUUUUCCAUCUGCGACUUAUUUCGGCUGUUGCCUCCUGCAUUUGAGGGCGCGGUAAAUAUCCCACCCUUUAUCGGGCCUUGGCUCUCGUCUUAUCAAUAUAAAAUGUCUUGAAACUUUCGAA